UAAUGUAAAUAAACAAAAGAACUACAUUAAGAAGUACUAAACUACUAAGCUAAAUUUGUAGAUAUCACAAAAUUUACUUAUUUACCAAUUCCGAUAUUGUAAACGGUAUAACGCCCAUAUAUUACACUUUCUUGCUAUGUAACGUAUUAUUUAACCAUUUGAUGACCAAUUUAAUUUUAUUCCAGUUAUUAAGAAAAGGUUACCUUAAAAUUGUAUAAGCGAUGUCGGAAUACGAGGUAGCAUCAGGCGGACGGUUAAGGUUAAAAUGUGAUUCUGGAAUUAAAAAGAAAAAAAAGAAGAACAAUAAGGAAAAAGAAAUGGAGAAAAUUAAUAAAGCAUUAAAAGCUGAAGAAGUCAAAACAAAAGAGCAUUAUGUACCUCCAACCAAAGCCGAGUUAGCUUUUAUGAAACAACAGGAAAAAUUACAAAAAGAAAAAAUUAUGAAAGUGGCAUCUAUGACACAUAAACAAAGAGUUGAAGAGUUUAAUAGACACCUUGAUAGCCUUACUGAACACUUUGAUAUACCUAAAGUCAGUUGGACUAAAUAAAUAUGACAAACAAUAUGACAAUGUAAUAUUCUAAGAUAUUUGUAUAUAUAUAAAUAUGUAAAGUUGCCUCUAAUAUUUAUAUAUUUUUUUUAUUUCCAAUUUUUGUAAUAAAAAUUAACUUAACAUCAAAUUAAGAUUUCAUCAUAAUUUUUGUAUAGAAGUAUAGUAGUUAUCUUAUUAAACAUUUGAUUUAUACAGUUUUUUUUAAUUUUUAUUAAUAUUAAAUGAAUAGUCCUGUGA